GGGCAACACUGUUGUGCUCCAAACCCUAAUUUAUUUAUUUUUUUUUGUGCAUACAAAACUGAAAAUGGCAAAUAAAAUCAAAUUUAAUAAUAUGGAAAUCAAACAUGAAGCUAGUGAGAAUGCUUGUAAAAUAGAAACAGAAAAUGAGGCCUGUCAUGGUCCCUUGGAUGCCUUCAAAGUUGAAAUUAAAGAAGAACCCAAGACAGAACCCGCAUAUGAGGCAUUUGGAUAUUUAGACUUCAAUGAAUUCCCCCUAAAAACUGAAGUAGAACAAGAUGAAUGCAAAUUUACACCAUUUGAAGAAAAACAAACCACAAAUGCAGAAACUACAUCUGGUGACAUGUCUGGCCUAUAAAUAGAGCUCCGUAAAUAUCUUUGCGACCAAAUGGAGCUACAAGAUUUUCCUAAUCUAGAGGACAAAUUAAAAUUUAAUCCAUUUAAAACAAAGAUUUCGAAAUUUUAAAACGGCGAUGAUAGAGAAAUAGUUAAAGACUCACGAAAAGAUGCGGUAUUUCUACAAGCAAAUAAAUAUUGGUUGUUCCCAGGAAGAAAAUAGAAAGAGAAGCAUGGACAUGUACACAGGUCAACACGCUGAAGAAACAGUAUUAAAUAGAAAUGUGAACGUUGCGACUGGACAAAGGACAAAUCACACUGUGGAAAAACUGCACACGUGUGAAAUUUGUUUAAGGCAGUUUCCUCGAAAAUAUUCUUUAACUGAACAUAUGAUAGUUCACUCCGGACAAAAACCUUACAAGUGUGAAAUUUGUUUGAAGGACUUUACCCAAAUAGGAAGUUUAAAAAGGCAUUUGAGAGCGCACACUGGAGAAAGGCCACACCAGUGCGAAAUUUGUUUAAAGCAGUUUACUGAUAAAAGGUAUCUAAAAAAGCAUUUAAGAAUGCACAGUGGACUAAAACCUCACAAGUGUGAAAUAUGUUUAAAGCAGUUUAGUACAACAAGUAACUUAAACACACAUUUGAGAACGCACAGUGAAGAAAAACCUCACAAGUGUGAAAUUUGUUUAAAACAGUUUACUGAUCAAAGAAAUUUAAAAAGGCAUUUGAGACUCCACAGUGGAGAAAAACCUCACAAGUGUGACAUUUGUUUGAAGCAGUUUACUGAUCAAAGAUAUUUAAAAACACAUUUGAGAGUGCAUACUGGGGAAAAACCUCACGAGUGUGAAAUUUGUUUAAAGCAGUUUAGUGGUCAAGGUUAUUUAAAAAUGCAUUUGAAGAUGCACAAUGCGGAAAAACCUCACAACUGUGAAAUUUGUUUAAAGCUGUUUACUACCUCAAGCCAUUUGAAAGAGCAUAUGAGAGUUCACACUGGGGAAAAACCUUACAAGUGUGAAAUUUGUUUUAAGCAAUUUAGUAUAGCAAAGACUUUGAAAAGUCAUCAUAUGAGAGUUCACACUGAAGAAAAACCUCACAAGUGUGAAAUUUGUUUAAAGAAGUUUAGUGAUCAAGGUUUUUUAAAAAUGCAUUUGAGAUUGCACAUUGGAGAAAAACCAUAUAAUUGCGAAAUUUGUUUUAAGCAGUUUAUUAAUCAAGCUAGUUUAAGAAUACAUUGGAGAGUGCAUACUGGCGAAAAACCUUAUAAGUGUGAAAUUUGUUCUAGGCGGUUUAGUCAAACAAGUAGUUUGAAAACACAUUUGAGGGUGCACAAGCGAAAAACCUGAAAUUUGAGAAAAAGUGUGAAAUUUGUUUUAAGCAAUUUAGUGUAGAAACUACUUUGAAAAGACAUAAUAUGAGAGUUCACACUGGAGAAAAACCUCACAAGUGUGAAAUUUGUUUAUCCGUCAUCGGACUGGCCGGGGUCUAUUUUGACCGCAAUUCACAAUUUUUGGCUGUUACUUUAUAGAUCUUAAUUUUUAAUCGGCAUUCUUCCGUCUAUCUGUAGUUUAUACAGGGUGUUUGGUAAAGAAUGGGCCAUACCUUAACCUCAGAUUCCUGAGGUUAAAAUAGGCCGAUUUAAGCUAACUUACCUUAGUAUAAAAGUUAAUAAUAACCGAGAUACAGGGUGUCAAAAUUAAUUUUUUUUAUUUAUUAUUGAAUAUUUCCUGACAGGUAUGAGAUAACAUCAUGAAAUUUGGUACGUGACGGUUUUUUGGGUCGAGAAAACUAAAUUCCCUACCAAAAAUUAUGUAUUCCCCAGAGGGCGCCACAUACGCCUUUCAGCACUCAUUUAUUACGUUCAAUUUUUUUAUCCCUCACUCUGUAUAACUUUGACAUUAAAAUUUUUAUUCUCCUAUUAGUUUUACUUAAAAAAGGUAUACUUUUUUAUCUUCCUAAACUCAGCAGUUUUCGAGAUAAACGCAUUUUAAAUUUGCGAUACACCAUCAUUUUUAGCAUAAUAUCAUUGUACACCCGAAAAAUAACUUAAAACCAUAAAAUUAUCCAAAAAUGUAUCGCAAAUUUUUUCAAAUAUAAUUUGCGAUGCAAUGACAAAUUUGAGAACUGGCACAAUUAUUAUGGUUUUAAGUUAUUUUUCGGGUGGAACUACAAUGAUAUUAUGCUAAAAAUGAUGGUGAAUCGCAGAUUUAA